AUGUUGAGAACUUGGAUUACUGUUGCCGCCACGCUGGGUGGGCUACCGGUCACAUCCGCUCGAAGGGCCCAGGGUAGGGCUAGCGGAGUUCCGGCUUGUGAUGCCUUGAGAGAUGUUGGACUCGGCGAUCGUCUCCUUUUCCCAGGAGACCCACGUUUCGAGCCCGAAAUCGAGACCUGGCCAGCUGAGAACGCCCGUCUGAGACCGUACUGUCUUGUCCUACCACACAACAAGGAGGAGGUCUCGACGGCAUUGAAGGCGCUGGUCAGCAUUAACGACGGCGCGGGCGAUUGGCACAUCGCGGUGCGCAGCGGCGGCCACAGCUACCCCGGAUCCAACGGCAUCGAGCGUGGCGUGACUAUCGACCUGAGCCAAAUGAACUCGUCGAGGUACGACCCUACCAGCAACCUCGCUAGCAUCGAACCUGGCGCUCGAUGGAGGGACGUGUACGCGAAUCUGGAUAGUAACGGCGUAGUCGUCACGGGUGGUCGCGAUGGCAGCGUUGGUGUCGGCGGUUUUCUCCUCGGCGGCGGCAUGUCGUACUUUACCGGCAAGAUGGGGUUCGGCUGCGAUUCGAUCGUGAACUACGAGGUCGUCCUGGCCGACGGCACCAUCGUCAACGCAAACCGAAAUACCAACGCGGACCUGUGGCGGGCCCUAAAGGGAGGCGGCAACAACUUCGGGAUCGUGACGCGGUUCGACAUCGAGGCUAUUCCCACGCGAGACCUGUUUUACGACGUACGCACCAUGAGCUACGAGCACACCGACGCCGUGGUCGAGACGGUGGUUGGGUUUGCCAAUCAGGAGCAGUCCCUCUCCGCCAACCACCUCGUGACCUACUACAGCUUCGAACCUCGGGACCGCCCCGACAUAAUCGUGAACACGAUUUAUGUCAACGUGGAGGGUGACGGCGAGAGUCCGACUCCGUUUGACAAAUUGAGAGCACUCCCAGCUCUGACGAAUUCGACCGUCCUACAAACCAUGGCAGAGGCCUCUGCUGGCGGUGGUGUCGGCACGGGUACUAGGAAUGCGGCGUCGACGUUGAGCUUCAAGAACGACCCCGAGCUCAUCCGUCGCGUCAUCGAGCUACACACGGAGUUUGUUGAGACGCUCAAGAAAUACCUGGCUCCCGAGAAGUUCCAGUCGGGGAUAUUCCUCCAGCCCAUACCCCCGUACCUGGCGGAGAUCGGUAAGCAGCGGGGAGGGAACAUGCUCGGGUUGGACAGGGUCUCGGAAGGCAUCAUCAUGUGGACGGGCGGCGUGGGGAUCGUCGACGGCACGGACCAGGACUUCGCUGUUGCGCAGGCGGAGCUGCACGCGCUGACGGCUCAGGUCAAGGAGCUCUCUCAGUCGCUGGGCGGGGAUAAGGAGUUUGUCUACCUCAACUACGCGUACGGAUUCCAGGACCCCGUCGGAAGCUACGGCGCCGAGAACAUCCAGCACAUACGCGACGUGGCGGCCAAGUACGACCCUACCGGCGUAUUUCAGAAGCGCAUCCCAGGAGGCUUUAAGAUCUCGCGGGUCAGGUGA